UGUCGGGCGCACCAUCUUUCGCCCACAAGUUCGAAGGCCCCACAGUGGCCGUGGGUCACUGAGCUACACGGGGGAGAUGUGCUCCGGGCUUUGGGCUACAGUACAGGUGACGCGAUGCCUCAGACUGAUAUGAACUUCGAGGGCAGAAGAAGAGGAACACUUUGCAACACCUGUAGAGCAAAUGGUCUGGUCAACGGUCAGGCCCCAGGCACAGGUUUGGUUAAUGGAGCUGCUGCUCAUAAUGGCUACCGAGCUACUGCCACCAGAAUCAGUGAGAGCACGCCAGCUGGCACACCAAAUGGUACCAAACCACAAUGCAUGGUUAAUGGCUAUAUUAACCACGGGCACAAAGGCAAGCGUACAAAAGCAGCGCUCCCAAGGACACUCGGGAAACAAGGAAGUGCGAUUUCAGCUGUGACUUAUCCCUCAGCAGCUGGCAGGGUCAUCAGGAGAGACAGUCCACGUUGUAUCUCAGUCAAUGGGGCUGCCAGUCUAGACACUGUUGCUGUGCCCAAUAAUUCUGGCCAAAUGGCACCAGAGAGAUCCGCCCCGUCACCAGCAGCGAAGAACCAGAGAAGGAAGAAGAAAUUCAGACAUAAGAAGAGAGAGACUGAAGUCGUCUGUCCGGAGAACUCUACGCUGCCGUUGGUGCCACCACAAGAGGAGGAAGACUGGGAGAAUGAGGUCCAAGAGAUCACAGUCACUGACUGGGAAAAGCUGUGUUUUGGGGUCCAACCAUAUGGUCCAGAAGAUGUGCUCCAUUUUUCUUUACGGGAUUUGACACUUAAGCAAACGGAUAGAGUUGCCCUGCUGGUAAGAGCCAAUUACAGCCCAGCCGCACGCCACCCACGUCCUGUCAAAUGGACCUGCUACAACAUUCCCACUGAGCCAGACCAGUUCGCAGAUGCUGACGAGUAAGCCAGACAUAUGCUGUUGUGUUAGAAGAAUGGUUGAAAUUGGUGUUCACUUACCAAAUUAACUGUUGGCCCUUUAGUUAGCCCUUAAUGUCACUGUGUAGAUUUUCUGGUCAUGUGACCUAUUUGAGGAUCCCAGAUAGCACCCAUGCUUAGAAUAUUGGUUUAGUGAGCAUCCUCCUUUUUUCCUCACCUAAAACAUUAGUGGAAGAAAUAAGGUUUAAAUCUAUGCAAAUCAAUUCAAAAUCAAGUAGGGUAAAGCUAUCAUAGGUCAAAGGUUGUAGGGUGGAUUCUAGGUUGAAAUAAGAUUGUUUUUUUUAUCAUAGGUAUUAUUUUAUAUUUUAUAUUCAGAUUUUAUAUUUGUUUUAUCUCGCAAAAUAUUAAUUUGUUAGGCUUUUGUGAUCUUAAGGAAUGAUUUUAGUUAACUACCAUACUUCAGUGACUCGUUACUGAAAAUGGUCAUGCAUUUGCUGUUCGAUUUCAUAUCUUCAUAAUUUUGCCAGUUUUUCAAAAUCUAUAAAACUAGUUUUUAUAUUCAGUUUUUUGUGUUUUAAAACCCCUGAAAUUGGAACACUGUUGUCAUAAUAAGUUGCUCUUUUGAGCGAUUAUUGGAUCAAUUGAAUUGUUUAUAAAUUGCACGUGUUCACAACAAGUACAUGAGGGAACUAUUUUAAUUUGGGGCAGCAGACCUUACCAAGAAAUUAUGGUUUGAUUAUGUAACAACAACAAAUGGUUACCUGCCUGUUCAGAUCUUCAUUUUCAUAACCACAAUAAAUCAAUUUUUCCUCUA